GCAGCACCCCAAACAUGCAUAACUGAGACACUAACUGGGACACUAAGUAACAUAUAUGUCCACUUAUCAGAGCUACAAAGGUCACCAAAUGGGCAAAGUCCGAUGAUACCGGCUUCAUUCGUGGCCGGACACACCACCAGACACUUGGGUUGGUCGCCAAACAAUUCCUACGUCUGAAAAUUUCAGGUGAAUCCAGACGAAAUGUCCCGGGACGAGGAGACAGGGUCGGCGGGGGACGAGGCCGCUGCGGCCGCCGCCGACCUGCGGGACGGCCCGCUGAUUGAGCAGGAGUUAACCAGGACAGCGGUGUUCAGAAAGGUCCUGCAGGCCGGCGGCUCGGUGGUAACGGAGUUCGCGGGCGCGGUGAGGAGGCACCCCGACAAGCCCUUCCUCCUGUUCGGUACCGAGGCCCACACGUACGGGGAGGUGGACGCCAUGGCCAACAGGGUCGCCAACCUCUUCCACGGCAAGGGGUACCAGAAGGGGGACACAGUUGCCCUGCUGAUCUACAACGAGCCUGCCUUCAUCUGGACGUUCCUGGGUCUGGCGAGAGUCGGGGUGAAGAUGGCGCUUCUCAACACCAACCUGCGGGGACAGGCUCUACUGCACUGCUUUAGGGUCGCUGGGGCAACAGGACUCAUCGUGGGGCAAGGACAACCACUGCUGGACGCCACCUUGGAGGUCCUGCUGGAACUGCAGGCGGAAGGUGCUACCAUCUGGCUGCAGGGUUCUGCUCACCCCCCUGCCGGGCUGUCUGCCUGGGAUGGACCGGUCCAGCGAGAAUCUGACCAACCACUGCCAGUCCAGGUCACCAUCACUCCCGCAGACACUCUCUGCUACUUUUACACUUCAGGAACCACUGGUCUCCCGAAGGCAGCCAUUAUUCUCCAUGCGAAGUUUACCGCAGUGAGCAACACACUUGUCCACUAUUCGGAUGUCAAGUCAGACGACGUCUUCUACAUCACCUUGCCUCUGUACCACACUAGCGGUCUCACGCUCGGGCUGGGGACAGCCAUAACUAUAGGUGCGACAGUAGCGUUGAGGCAAAAGUUUUCUGUACGCCAUUUUUGGGACGACUGCAGACGUUACAAGGCGACGAUGAUUCUCUACAUCGGAGAGCUGCUGCGGUAUCUAUGUACUGCACCUGAGCGCCCAGACGAUAAGGACCACCACGUCCGCCUGGCAUUUGGGAACGGUCUCCGCCCGGACAUCUGGAAGCAGUUCCAGGACCGGUUUGGGAUUCCGCAGAUUGGAGAGUUCUACGGGAUGACAGAGGGCACGAUGGCACUCAUCAACCUUCACAACAAGGUCGGUGCAGUCGGGGUGGCCUCCCCGCGAUACAGGAAACAUAAACCCUUUAGUCUGAUCGAGUGUGACAUCGACACGGGGGAGCCAAUCAGACGAAAGGAUGGGAGGUGUACAGAGGUCAAAUUAGGAAAGCCUGGCCUUCUUGUGAAUAAACUAGCUGAAGGUCUUCCCUUUAUGGGAUACCUGGGGAAGCGAGAACUCACCGAGAAGAAGAUCUUACGCAACAUCUUCGAGGAAGGGGACAUGUACCUGAACUCAGGUGACCUCAUGAUGAUUGACAAGGAGUACUUCAUCUACUUUGCGGAUCGGCUAGGGGACACCUUCAGAUGGAAGGGUGAGAAUGUAGCGACCACUGAAGUUGCCCAGGUUCUCAGUAAGAUGGAAGGGGUGCAGGAGGUCAACGUGUACGGCGUCAAGGUGCCAGGUCAGGACGGUCGUGCAGGCAUGGCCUCCAUCAUCCCCCUCCCCGGACAGAAGCCGGACUUCAGGCGCUGGUACAGGUACAUCUCGGCGAAGCUCCCGACCUACGCACAGCCUCUCUUCCUCCGGCUCACGCGGGAGAUACAGGUCACGGGAACCUUCAAGCACCAGAAGGCGACUCUCGUGAAGGAAGGGUUUGACCCCAGGAGGGUCGCCGAUCCGCUGUUCGUGAUCGACAACGGCAGGAAAACCUACGUUCCGCUAGACGAGACGGUCUACAGGAGGAUUGUGGUUGGGCACGCCCGUCUGUAGUUAGAUUUCGUAUGUUCGUGAUCGACAACGGCAGGAAAGCCUACGUUCUGUUAAAUGAGACGGUCUACAGAAGGAUUUGAUUGGGCACGCUCGUCUGUAGUUCCACAUUUAUUACGUAAAGCACUUCUGACCACACAUAUUUAUGAUUUUCAACCUCGCCACUAAAUGAUAUGAAGUAUUUGAGCACAGAUCAAUUAAAUUACCUUAUUAGCGGCCCCAAACUCAUCAUGUUGCUACAUUCUAUUUCACUAAACAUCAAGUUGCCAUUAUAAUCCAUCACAAAACUCUUACUGUAGCUUCAAUAUUUUUUACAGUACAAUGUAGCUUUGUGACCACUGAAUAAUUACAAUUAAUGACUUUCUGACCACUCAUGUUUAUGUUGUUAAAAUGCAAACAAUUUAAACACUACAUUGUAUACCGUUAUGACCUUAGUAUCUCACACAGAUUGUUAAUUGAUCGUAGUAUAUCCAUGACCAGUAUUCAAUUGUAUAUUGUAGCAAAAGAUAUAGUUGAUGUAAAGACAACUACAUGUAGUUUGAUAUUUGAAGUAAAAUGUAAUGAGCAGUAUAUACUCUGUAACAAUAUACUGCUAAGUAGUAGUAUAUUAUGUAAUAUCUUUUACACAGGCUGUUUAUGGUUCAAAUUGUAGUUAAGAGAUGUAAAUAAUGAGAGUAAACUACAAGAUUUCAUAC